CUAGACCAGGAAGCGGGGGCGGGACUUCGGGGCUGUUGCCCGGGUUACUAGGAGGCGGAGUCGCUGGGAGCGCUGUGGCCCGGAUGUCCGGACGCUGCGGCCGGAUCCGCUGAUCCCGGACCUUCUCUGGAGAAACGUACUGGCGGCCGAUGGCUGUCGAUAUUCAACCAGCAUGCCUUGGACUUUACUGUGGGAAGACCCUAUUAUUUAAAAACAGCUCAACUGAAAUAUAUGGAGAAUGUGGGGUGUGCCCUAGAGGACAAAGAACAAAUGCACAGAAAUAUUGUCAGCCUUGCACAGAGACUCCAGAACUUUAUGAUUGGCUUUAUCUUGGAUUUAUGGCUAUGCUUCCUCUUGUUUUACAUUGGUUCUUCAUUGAAUGGUACUCAGGGAAAAAGAGUUCCAGUGCACUUUUCCAACACAUCACUGCGUUAUUUGAAUGCAGUAUGGCAGCUAUUAUCACCUUACUUGUGAGUGAUCCAGUCGGAGUUCUUUAUAUCCGUUCCUGUAGAGUAUUGAUGCUUUCUGACUGGUACACGAUGCUUUACAACCCAAGUCCGGAUUACGUUACAACAGUGCACUGUACUCAUGAAGCUGUCUAUCCACUAUACACCAUUGUAUUUAUCUAUUAUGCAUUCUGCCUGGUGUUAAUGAUGCUGCUCCGACCUCUGCUGGUGAAGAAGAUUGCAUGUGGGUUAGGGAAGUCGGAUCGAUUUAAAAGUAUUUAUGCUGCACUUUAUUUCUUCCCAAUUUUAACUGUGCUUCAGGCAGUUGGUGGAGGCCUUUUAUAUUAUGCCUUCCCGUAUAUUAUAUUAGUGUUAUCUUUGGUUACUCUGGCUGUGUACAUGUCGGCUUCUGAAAUAGAGAACUGCUAUGAUCUUCUGGUCAGAAAAAAAAGGCUUAUUGUUCUGUUCAGCCACUGGUUACUUCAUGCCUAUGGAAUAAUCUCCAUUUCCAGAGUGGAUAAACUUGAGCAAGAUUUGCCUCUUUUGGCUUUGGUACCUACACCAGCCCUUUUUUACUUGUUCACUGCAAAAUUUACCGAACCUUCUCGGAUACUCUCGGAAGGAGCCAAUGGACACUGAAUGAAAAAAUUUUAAAUGUCAAAAAACCUAAGAAGUGUUCUUAGUUAAAAAGUAUACAUGGGAACAAAAUUGUCAUUGUAUUUUCUAUUUGGGUUGUUUUGUUUUGUUUUGUUUUACUUAAUAGACUUUACAGUUAGACCUGUAGACUUGGGAAAGUACAAAAUACCAUAAUACCGUUACUUAGUAUAACAUUAUCUAUUUCAUUAGAAGGAAGCACUUGCCUCUCUCACAGUUCAGUUAUUCUCCAGAGCAAAAUCAUGUAUCUGUGUACCUAGCAAUGUGUUGUUCCCAUUUUAUUAAGAAAAACUUCAAGUAUAAUCUGAAAUCCUUAGCAGUGGCAUAACUGUGCAUGCCUGUUGUGUUUCAAUCUGUUUUCCACUUAUAAUGAAUUAUAAAGACAAACAUACUUGUCAGGUCUUUUAUCAAACAUGGAAAUAAAGCAUAUUGUUUUUUGUUAUCUAUUUAUUUUCACCAAUACAGUAUUUUGAUAUAUUACAAAAAUAAAGCAUAAUUUAUAUAGCAGAUUUUCUGUUUAUAGAUAGUUUGGUUGAAGACUUGUUCAGAUUAUUGUUCCUGUAGAAAAAAACAAUAAUAAAAAGUUUACAAAAAAUUUCAA